AACUCAUCACCCUCGCGUUCGGCAGACCUUAAAGUGGGCGGUGUCGGAGUGCACGUUGUUUUCUUGUAUUUUAGGUCUUGGAAAGGAGAAACGAGAGUGGUCAGCUCAGUGUGUGAAGGGUUGGUCGACAUGGUGGGAGAGUACAGAUGAUGAAACAUUGAGAACGGAACACUAGACCGAUCAUAGUUCCUAAAUCGGACCGCGAGACGAACACGGUGAUUAUGCCCAGCGCAGCAGUGAGACGUUUAUCACAAGUCGAAAAAUACCUCAACAGCCGGAACGAUAUGGCGGAACGGAGCAGUGGCGAAGGGAACUCCCGGAACAUUCCGGAGUCGAUGCAUCACGGCAGCUUGGAGAACAACCUCGAUCUGGACCUGAGCGGCAUCCCAGACUCCCAACGCUACCUCGACUCCUCCCACCGCAGCCUAGACUCCUCCUACCGCUCCCUGCCCCCCGGACUCAACAGCUUGCAGCAGAAGAUCCUCAGGGUGACAGAGCAACUGAAGAUUGAGAAGGAGUCACGGGACGACAAUGUGAUAGAGUACCUGAAACUGGUGAACAGUGUCGACAAGCAGCAGGUGGGGCGCAUCAAGCAUGUCUUUGAGAAGAAGAACCAGAAGUCAGCUCACAGCAUUGCCCACAUGCAGAAAAAGCUUGAGCAGUAUCAUAAGAAGAUGAAGGACAGCAGCGAGAAGGACGCCAGCUCCCAACACCACAGCAUCUCUAAAGAGAGCUCAAAGGACAUGCUAAGCCACACCAUGAGCAACGUGAGCAGUGGUAGUGGACGACACCCACUGGACAAGAUCAAGACAGUAGGGCCUGGCGUCUCGCUCUCGCCACCCUUCUUUUUCAGCAAGCCCCGGGACUUUGCCAACCUCAUCAGGAACAAGUUUGGCAGUGCCGACAACAUCGCUCACCUGAAGACCUACCUCGACACGCCCUCUCCCUUCCACUCUGAAGGAACAGGGCGGGCCUUGAGUGGGAGUGCCACCUUAGUGAGUGGGAAGACCCCUGCCGCCACGUCCACGCCCAAGUACACCAGCGAUGAUGAGUGUUCCUCGGGCACGUCCCUGUCGGCGGACAGCAACGGGAACGCAAUGGCUCUGGGCGUUGGCCUGGGUCUAGAAGUGGGUGUCGGGGCGGUGAUGACCCCAGGGCAGAUCCUGGAGUCUGGGGACAGCCAGGAGAGGCUGGGCCUGACCACGGAAGAGGUUAGGGAGAUCAGGGAGGCCCAGGGGCAGCUGGAGGAGGACAUGGAGGGAUUCAAGACCCAGUUCAAGAAAGACUACAGCUUCAUCACCCAAACGCUGCAAGAGGAGAGAUACAGGUGUGAGCGGUUGGAGGACCAGCUGAAUGAUCUGACUGAGCUCCACCAGGCCGAGACAGCCGACCUGAAACAGGAGCUGGCCAGCAUUGAGGAGAGAGUGGCCUACCAAGCCUACGAGAGGGCUAGAGACAUACAGGAGGCCCUAGAGUCAUGCCAGACGCGGGUCUCUAAACUAGAGCUCCAGCAGCAGCAGCAACAAACCGUACAGCUUGAGUCCCGUGAUGCCAGGGUGCUUCUGGGUAAAAGUAUCAACAUCAUGCUCGCCAUCGUCACCGUGAUCCUUGUAUGCGUCUCCACGGCCGCCAAGUUCGCCGCACCCCUACUGCGGAGCCGUCGCCACGUGAUGGGCACCUUCCUGGGCAUGUGUCUGUUGGCGCUGUUCUGGAGGAACUGGGAGAAUCUACAGUGUGCUGUGGAGAGGGUCCUCGUGCCAGCCUGAGGGGGGACAAUAGUCUAAUGCUGUCCAUGUCACUCACUGCAACAAAUGAUCUAUGGACUGAUCUCAGAACUCCAACAAAACAGCCUAUUGGGGUAGUAAAAUGCAGAAGGUGCAUAAUGCAAAAGAAGUCCGCUGGGGGGAAAUGGAGCUAGCAAAGCAUGGUCACUGACUGGUUAAUCACAUCACGUAGAAUAACACUGAAUAUCAAGACAUUGUGGGGUGAAUGAACACACAAUGACUGACACAACAACAGAAACGACAACCACACUGCUUAAGAAUGUUGUAAUCCUUGAUCAAUGCUGUUUCUCGCAAUUGUAAGGUUUAAUCGAUGCUCCCAGAAACAAGUCUUGCAGUAUUAAGUCCAUCAUGAGAGACUACUGACUUCAACAUAUAGGUUCUCUAUUGGUCAGAAGAGGGGAUGCUGUCCAGAUCGUACUGCAACAAAUAAUUUCCAGACAGUCAGAUCACGUGCAUAGUGCAGAAGAAUUGCGAUAGAGCAAAGCAUGAUUGGGGAAAGAUGGGAGCUGGGUAAAGCAUGGUUACUAACUGACUGACUGUUCAUUAUACAGUAUAUUGCUGGAUCACAAUCUCCAAUGGCUCUGAGAGGGUUGGUAGGUUGGUCACGGCACACAAUCAUCAGAAGGCACGGUUGCAUCACGGUUGUCUUACGGUCGCAGAGGUUCAUGGUUCUUCACCCUAUCCACGCCAUCAAUACACACACGCACACACACAACUCAGCCUUACAGUCCACAAUACAGGAGUCAGGGAGGUGGACAUCUUGUUUUGAUCUUUUAUGUCUUAAGGCUUAUGUCUUACAGCCAAUCCUCAUUCCUUCUUUAUUACCUUGCCUGCAGUCAGAAGUUUGUCAGCCUUCUUUUACAACUGUUGUUGACUUGGUUAGUUUACUUCUUUUAUUGGAUACAUUUUAAAAGUGAAAUAUGUUUGAUUGCUUCUUCUUUUUUUUUAACAGCCACUUGUUUGUUUGUUUGUUUAUAGGAAAGGAUGUUCUCUGUUUCCCUCUAGAUGGAGAAAUGACGGGAUGCUGUCUGAAGGUUUUGGGGGAUGUAAAAAAAAGAAUCAUAUAUAUAUUUUCUCAUAUAGAAACGUAUACAUACGAACAACAAAUUACAGACACAGCCAAACAAUGACUACAUCUCAUCUGCCCGGAAACAGCAUGCUCACACCCCCAUCCCUAGUGCCUGCAUUAUUGUUUGCCACCCUUCCUGAAAUUGCACCAAUUUGUUUUUCUCAGUCGCCCCUACUAUUUCCAUAUUUCAAUAAUACCGAAUGCCAAUAGUUAAAAAUGAAUAGAUAGAGAAAGUAUUUCUCGGAGAGGAGGAGGGACUGAUAAGGUUGAUUUGACCAUUUGAUUGAUGUAUGUUGACCUUCUAGAGGAAGUAGUGGACUCUCCAUAACACUGUCAUAUGAGGCUUUGGGUUCUUUUACUGUUCCUCUCAAAACACUUUUUUUUCUGUUCCAGUGGGUGAUAGGCUCGCUAGCUACUCUAGUCCAAUGAGAAGCAACUGAGCAUUGAGCAGCCUUACAUAUAUAUAUACUCCACAGUGGACAGAGGACCCUACAGGUUUGCUUCAAGAUAAGCCAUAAAAGGAGUAUAUUUUAUGGGACGUCUGGGGGGGGGGGGUCGACUAGUACGAGGACUAGUAUCUGUAUGUGGACUUAACAUGACAGAUACAGACCAUGUCUAAUGUUUGUUUGUUGUAAUAACAUUUCCUCUAAUUUGUUUGUUUGUAUUGACCUAGUCACGCACAGACGGGGUUUUUGUUAUUUACCUGCUGCUGACUGUAUGUACAGUAUGAGAUUUGGGUAAUACUUUAUUUUACAGCACAGUUUAAGAUGGUUCUAGUGUUUGCAAGACUCGGGUAACUUUCCCAAAAUGUCCAUGUUUUCCAUAAAUCCUGUUUUAUUAGGAUUCCCAAUUCUCUGCUUAUUCCCAUUUUGAUUCCAGGAAUCUUCCAACCAUGGAUAUGGGGAAAGUUACCGGUAUUUUGCAAUUAUUACGUAAUUAGCGUUUUAACAUUUUCAUUUCUAACUAUAGUACCUGCUAAACAGGGGGUACAGAGAUGAUUUAUGUUCCUCUGUUUGUAACGCCAGGAUAGUGGGUUCGAUUCCCGGGACCACCCAUACGUAGAAUGUAUGCACACAUGACUGUAAGUCGCUUUGGAUAAAAGCAUCUGCUAAAUGGCAUAUAUUAUUGAUUACACCUGAAGAAUUUUCCUGAACAUGGAUUAGAUUUAUUACAGUCUCUUAUUCAUCUUCAGUGAACAUGGAUUAGAUUCAUUAGUCUCUUAUUCAUCUUCAGUGAACAUGGAUUUGAUUCAUUACAGUCUCUUAUUCAUCUACAGUGAACAUGGAUUUGAUUCAUUACAGACUCUUAUUCAUCUUCAGUGAACAUGGAUUAGAUUCAUUAGUCUCUUAUUCAUCUUCAGUGAACAUGGAUUUGAUUCAUUACAGUCUCUUAUUCAUCUACAGUGAACAUGGAUUAGAUUUAUUACAGUCUCUUAUUCAUCUUCAGUGAACAUGGAUUAGAUUCAUUAGUCUCUUAUUCAUCUUCAGUGAACAUGGAUUUGAUUCAUUAGUCUCUUAUUCAUCUUCAGUGAACAUGGAUUUGAUUCAUUACAGUCUCUUAUUCAUCUUCAGUGAACAUGGAUUAGAUUCAUUAGUCUCUUAUUCAUCUUCAGUGAACAUGGAUUUGAUUCAUUACAGUCUCUUAUUCAUCUACAGUGAACAUGGAUUUGAUUCAUUACAGUCUCUUAUUCAUCUUCAGUGAACAUGGAUUAGAUUCAUUAGUCUCUUAUUCAUCUUCAGUGAACAUGGAUUUGAUUCAUUACAGUCUCUUAUUCAUCUUCAGUGAACAUGGAUUUGAUUCAUUAGAGUCUCUUAUUCAUCUUCAGUUAACAUGGAUUAGAUUCAUUCGUCUCUUAUUCAUCUUCAGUGAACAUGGAUUUGAUUCAUUACAGUCUCUUAUUCAUCUACAGUGAACAUGGAUUAGAUUUAUUACAGUCUCUUAUUCAUCUUCAGUGAACAUGGAUUAGAUUCAUUAGUCUCUUAUUCAUCUUCAGUGAACAUGGAUUUGAUUCAUUACAGUCUCUUAUUCAUCUACAGUGAACAUGGAUUUGAUUCAUUACAGACUCUUAUUCAUCUUCAGUGAACAUGGAUUAGAUUCAUUAGUCUCUUAUUCAUCUUCAGUGAACAUGGAUUUGAUUCAUUACAGUCUCUUAUUCAUCUACAGUGAACAUGGAUUAGAUUUAUUACAGUCUCUUAUUCAUCUUCAGUGAACAUGGAUUAGAUUCAUUAGUCUCUUAUUCAUCUUCAGUGAACAUGGAUUUGAUUCAUUAGUCUCUUAUUCAUCUUCAGUGAACAUGGAUUUGAUUCAUUACAGUCUCUUAUUCAUCUUCAGUGAACAUGGAUUAGAUUCAUUAGUCUCUUAUUCAUCUUCAGUGAACAUGGAUUUGAUUCAUUACAGUCUCUUAUUCAUCUACAGUGAACAUGGAUUUGAUUCAUUACAGUCUCUUAUUCAUCUUCAGUGAACAUGGAUUAGAUUCAUUAGUCUCUUAUUCAUCUUCAGUGAACAUGGAUUUGAUUCAUUACAGUCUCUUAUUCAUCUUCAGUGAACAUGGAUUUGAUUCAUUAGAGUCUCUUAUUCAUCUUCAGUUAACAUGGAUUAGAUUCAUUAGUCUCUUAUUCAUCUUCAGUGAACAUGGAUUUGAUUCAUUACAGUCUCUUAUUCAUCUACAGUGAACAUGGAUUAGAUUUAUUACAGUCUCUUAUUCAUCUUCAGUGAACAUGGAUUAGAUUCAUUAGUCUCUUAUUCAUCUUCAGUGAACAUGGAUUUGAUUCAUUACAGACUCUUAUUCAUCUACAGUGAACAUGGAUUUGAUUCAUUACAGACUCUUAUUCAUCUACAGUGAAUAUGGAUUUGAUUCAUUACAGACUCUUAUUCAUCUACAGUGAACAUGGAUUUGAUUCAUUACAGACUCUUAUUCAUCUACAGUGAACAUGGAUUAGAUUCAUUACAGACUCUUAUUCAUCUUCACUGCAUAAUAAUAUGAUUUAUCUGCUCUCAUACAUUAUGUGCCUUCUUGUAUGCAACAAUUCUGUUUAAAUUAAACAAAAAAAUGUAGUCAACAAACCACUCCAUGAUAUUUGAGCGAGUGGGAUAUUUUGUGCUUGCCUGUCAGAUAUUUGCCUAUGAUUAAAAAAAAAAUUAAAGUCAGGAAUACCACCUUAGUGGUAUGAAUGACAGUAAUGGUCAAAAUAAUGAAUAAACUAAUGAAAUAAAGUAAUUAUUAGUUCA